AGACAUAACUCUCCCUAUUGUUGUCGGAGAGAAGGCAAAGGAGUAGUUUGGCAUCAUCGCCCUCGGAGAAACCUAAUCUCUACCUCUUCUGCCCCUUCUGAAAUUCCCGAUCUCACCCUUUUCUCUUCCCCCUUCAACAAUUUGUUCUUUCUAUUUUUUUUUACCCGCCAAAUUCAACUUCCCAUUCUUCCAACGACUCCUUUCCCCCAAUUCGAUUCCCUCAUCGAAACCCUAGAUUUAAGAUUGACGCAGCUACAUCAACCGUUCCGUUGGUUGAGGAACUUACUGUUCAGUGAAAGUGAUGAUGCAACACAAGGUACUGAUAACGCAAGAGAACUAGUUGUCCUUUCACGAGUGGGUUUUUUUUCUUCUCGAAGCAGUGUAAUAUACUAUAAGGUUCCUUCUGCAAUGGCCAAUCGCGAUUUAAUGCUUGGACAGGAUCACAACAUCGGUAUGAGCCAAGGUCAAUCACUGGUGCUUGGUCACAACCACGCUCUAGAACUCGGUCAAAACCACGACAUGGGUUUAGGACAAGCUCAACAUGAUGAUCACGAACUUGACUUAGGACAACACCAACACGAUGAUCAUCAUGAGCUAGGCUUAGGAGGACACAACCAAAACCAAGACGAAGAAGAUCAUCAUCACCAUCACGAUUACAUGAACGAGAAUGACAUCUCUGUUGAUCAAAAGCCUGGACACGACGAAGACGACGUUGAUCCAGAGAACCAAAUGUUCUCCUUGUCUGGUAACAACGAGAAUCUCGAACUAGCCAUCGACUCAAGCCACGAGAUCGAGAUCGAUCACCACGGGGAGAUGGUAAUGGUCACCACUCCCGUCCAAGCACGCUGCGCCGCCCUCUCCUCCGAGCUAACCUACCAGCUCACAGUCGGACAAGAGUUCCCAGACGUCAGGAGCUGCCGCAGAGCGCUGCGAGACAUGGCCAUCGCUCAGCAUUUCGAAAUGCAAACAAUAAAAUCCGACAAGACACGCUUCACAGCCAAAUGCUCUUCCGAAGGAUGUCCCUGGAGAGUCCACGCAGCCAAACUCCCUGGCGUCCCGACCUUCACCAUCAGGACCAUCCACGAGAGCCACACCUGCGGAGGGAUCAACCACUUAGGCCACCAGCAGGCCUCCGUCCAGUGGGUGGCCACCUCGGUCGAGCAGCGUCUCCGGGAGAACCCCAACUGCAAACCGAAAGAGAUCCUCGAGGAGAUACACCGCGUCCACGGCAUCACCUUGUCUUACAAGCAAGCCUGGCGCGGCAAAGAGAGGAUCAUGGCCACAAUGCGCGGCUCCUUCGAAGAAGGCUACCGUCUCCUCCCUCAGUACUGCGACCAGGUCAAGAGGACAAACCCCGGAAGCAUAGCCUCAGUCUACGGAUCCCCAGCAGACGACUGCUUCCAGCGUCUCUUCGUCUCCUUCCAAGCUUCAAUCUACGGGUUCUUAAACGCUUGCCGCCCGCUCCUCGGCUUAGACAGAACCUAUCUCAAAAGCAAGUACUUAGGCACGUUGCUUCUCGCUACUGGAUUCGAUGGAGACGGAGCUUUGUUCCCUUUAGCGUUUGGGAUUGUAGACGAAGAGAGCGAUGAGAACUGGAUGUGGUUCCUUUGUGAGCUUCAUAACCUUCUCGAGACCAACACCGAGAACAUGCCGAGGCUGACUAUACUAUCAGAUAGACAAAAGGGAAUCGUUGAAGGAGUUGAACAGAACUUCCCAACGGCCUUUCACGGCUUCUGCAUGAGGCACUUAAGCGAAAGCUUCCGUAAGGAGUUCAACAACAAUCUGUUAGUUAACUAUCUGUGGGAAGCGGCUCAAGCUCUGACGGUGAUCGAGUUCGAAGCUAAGCUACUCGAAGUUGAAGAAGCUUCUCAAGACGCUGCUUACUGGAUCAGACGUAUCCCUCCGAGGCUGUGGGCUACUGCCUACUUCGAAGGGCAACGGUUUGGUCAUCUGACGGCUAAUAUAGUCGAGUCUUUAAACUCGUGGAUCGGUGAAGCUUCUGGACUUCCGAUUAUACAGAUGAUGGAGUGCAUCAGGAGGCAGCUGAUGACUUGGUUCAACGAGCGGCGCGAGACCAGUAUGCAGUGGACUUCGAUACUCGUCCCAAGCGCCGAGCGGCGUGUCGCCGAGGCGCUUGAGCUUGCUAGAACCUACCAGGUGCUUAGAGCAAACGAGGCUGAGUUCGAAGUUAUAUCUCACGAAGGGAACAACAUUGUGGAUAUAAGGAACAGGUGUUGUCUCUGUAGAGGUUGGCAGUUAUACGGUUUGCCCUGCGCGCACGCCGUUGCUGCUCUUUUGUCUUGUAGGCAGAACGUUCAUAGGUUCACAGAGAGCUGUUUCACUGUGGCGACGUAUAGGAAGACUUACUCUCAGACGAUUCAUCCGAUUCCUGAUAAGAGUCUUUGGAGAGAGAUGUCUGAGGAGGGAGGAGGAGAUCCGAGUGUGAGUAAUAAAGCGGGUCUUGAUGUUGCUGUUGUUGUUAUAAACCCGCCUAAGUCGCUGAGACCGGCAGGUAGGCCGAGGAAGAGACGGGCGAGAGCUGAAGAUAGAGGACGUGUGAAGAGGGUUGUGCAUUGUAGCAGGUGUAACCAGACUGGUCAUUUCAGAACCACUUGUGCUGCACCCAUUUGAAUCUGUGUGCACACCCUUCAUCUCUUACCUUAUAAAAAGAACAGUUACUUGUUUGUUGUUUGUUUACUUGUAUCCAUUUACAUUGUAUGCUCAGCUGUAGCAGUAUUGUAUGCAUAAUAAGAAACUCUUUUUUUUAAUAAUAUAGAUGAGAUCA